AUUAAAACCACCAGUCGAGGCUCCUUAUUUCUAGUAAUAGUAAGCUAAAAUAUUUCUAUAUAUUUGUUUUUCGUUGCCGGUACUGAAUUACGAUUGGUUUGUAAAAGGUCUUGCGCAUUUUAGAAGCGUUUAGCGAAAAACACAUCCCGCCAGAGAAAUAAUUUCUGUCUCGCAGGUGUAAGCACGGAUACAAGAGGAUAGUUCUUGAAGAGAAACUCGUCGUCUUGAAUCAAAUGUACAGGCAAGAGAGCGAUCGCCGUUUUCGCCAGCAGGAAGCCAGCACGUUUUAUCGUAGCUUGCGAAGCGAGGGCAAGGAAAAAAGCGAAAUAUCAAGAACAGAACGAAAACAGGGAAAAACAGAACUCGAAGAGGAACAUCUACAAGCCACAGGGAAAGAAACAUCUUUCAUCAGCGAUAGGACAUUAGCAAUCAAGUCAAGAGGGCCUCACAGAAGGGACGGCUUGUUUUUCGUUCAUAAGAUAAAACGACUUAUGGACGAACUGUUAGAGGAAAAAUUAGACAACGAAGUAUACGAUGAGGAGUCCUGUAAAAUAAAAUGUUUGACACUAUCCGAGGAGAUAAAACAGAAAGUUAAAGAACUUGGGAUGACAAGGUAUCGAAUUAUUUGCCAUGUCUCCAUAGGGUCGUGCAGCGGCCAAGGUCUGAUCAUGGCGAGUCGAUUCAUAUGGAAUGAUAUUAAAGAUAACUUCGUAACAUCGACAUUUAGGAAUGUUUCUUUAUUCGCUGUGGCGACAGUCUUUGGUGUCCUGAAGGAAUAAAACAAGACAGUAUACGUAUUAAAAAGGGUUCCGCUGUAGUAAGUAAAUAUAAGGAUAUAUAGCGAACUCCAAAGGUUUUGCUCAUAUACAGAUAUAUCAAAUCCAGAUGUGCAUUUUUAAAACUGAACAAGCGAUAUAAAGAUAUAUAU